UGGAGGGGGUGGCGGCAGGUUCCUGCGCUCCGGAGUCAGCCUGCCAGCUCUGUACACAGCUCCGAGGGCCAGCGCCUCCCUCCGCUCCACAGACAGCACCAUGCGCGAGAUCGUGCACAUCCAGGCGGGCCAGUGUGGCAACCAGAUCGGUGCCAAGUUUUGGGAGGUCAUCAGUGAUGAGCAUGGGAUCGACCCCACUGGCAGUUACCAUGGAGACAGUGACCUACAGCUGGAGAGGAUCAAUGUAUACUACAAUGAAGCUGCUGGUAACAAAUAUGUCCCUCGGGCUAUCCUGGUGGAUCUGGAGCCAGGCACCAUGGACUCAGUCAGGUCCGGACCAUUUGGCCAGAUCUUUAGGCCAGACAACUUUGUCUUUGGCCAGAGCGGUGCCGGAAACAACUGGGCAAAAGGCCAUUACACAGAGGGAGCCGAGCUGGUAGACUCAGUCCUGGAUGUGGUGAGGAAGGAGUCAGAGAGCUGUGACUGUCUGCAAGGUUUCCAGCUGACCCACUCACUGGGGGGUGGCACAGGGUCAGGGAUGGGCACCCUACUCAUCAGCAAGAUCCGGGAGGAGUACCCGGAUCGCAUCAUGAACACCUUCAGUGUGAUGCCCUCACCCAAGGUGUCAGACACAGUGGUGGAGCCCUACAAUGCCACCCUCUCAGUGCACCAGCUGGUAGAAAACACAGAUGAGACCUACUGCAUCGACAAUGAGGCGCUGUAUGACAUCUGUUUCCGCACCCUGAAACUGACCACCCCCACAUAUGGAGACCUGAACCACCUGGUGUCAGCCACCAUGAGCGGGGUGACCACCUGCCUGCGCUUCCCAGGGCAGCUGAACGCAGACCUGCGCAAGCUGGCAGUGAACAUGGUGCCCUUCCCCCGCCUGCACUUCUUCAUGCCUGGCUUUGCCCCCCUGACCAGCCGGGGCAGCCAGCAGUACCGUGCCCUGACGGUGCCCGAGCUCACCCAGCAGAUGUUCGACUCCAAGAACAUGAUGGCCGCCUGUGACCCCCGCCAUGGCCGCUACCUGACGGUGGCUGCCAUCUUCCGGGGCCGCAUGUCCAUGAAGGAGGUGGACGAGCAGAUGCUCAACGUGCAGAACAAGAACAGCAGCUACUUCGUGGAGUGGAUCCCCAACAAUGUGAAGACGGCCGUGUGUGACAUCCCACCCCGUGGCCUCAAGAUGUCGGCCACCUUCAUUGGCAACAGCACUGCCAUCCAAGAGCUGUUCAAGCGCAUCUCGGAGCAGUUCACGGCCAUGUUCCGGCGCAAGGCCUUCCUGCACUGGUACACUGGCGAGGGCAUGGAUGAGAUGGAGUUCACCGAGGCUGAGAGCAACAUGAAUGAUCUGGUGUCUGAGUACCAGCAGUACCAGGAUGCCACGGCUGAUGAACAGGGGGAGUUUGAGGAGGAGGAGGGUGAGGAUGAGGCUUAAGAACUUCUCCAAUAAAUUGUGCAUUCUUAGUGAACUUCUGUUGUCCUCAAUCAAGCAUGGUCUUUCUAUUUGUACACUAUGGUGCUCUGUUUUUCCUGUCAGAACUCACACCAUUGAUGUAAUAAAGUGGAACUCCUCUAAAAAUUAGAGUAUUGUCAUUUAAGAUAUCUUAAUAAAGCAUGUGGCAAACUGUG